CAAACAAGAAUCGGCCACACACCCUCUUAACUCAACACUAUCAAGCCACCUUCAACAACCAUGGUCACUCUUUUACACUUCUUUCUCACUUUCAUGGUUCUUCUCUUCUCUUGGAACUUCUUCUUCAAAACAAGAAGGUUCUGGAACCUUCCUCCUGGGCCCUUCUCCUUCCCCAUAAUCGGAAACCUCCACCAGAUGAGACAGCCGCUCCACCGCACCUUCCACGCCCUUUCUCAGAAACACGGCAAAGUCUUCUCUCUCUGGUUCGGUUCGCGCUUCGUCGUGAUCGUUUCGUCGCUCGAGGCAGCGCAGGAAUGCUUCACCAAAAACGACAUCGUCUUGGCGAAUCGGCCUCGCUUCCUCGCCGGCAAGUACAUAGGAUACAACAACACCACCGUGGCGGUGUCGCCCUACGGCGACCACUGGCGCAACCUCCGCCGCAUCAUGUCGCUCGAGGUUCUCUCAACGCACCGUUUGAACUGCUUCUUGGAAAUCCGAAGGGACGAGAUCAUGAGGCUCGUGCGAAAGCUCGCUCACGACUCGCGCAACGGCUUCGCCAAAGUGGAACUCAAAUCCAGCUUUUCGGAAAUGACUUUUAACACUAUAAUGAGGAUGGUGUCUGGGAAGAGAUAUUACGGUGAAGAUUGUGAUGUGAGUGAUGUGGAAGAAGCAAGGCAAUUUCGAGGGAUUAUUAAAGAGUUGGUGGCUGUGGGAGGGGCAAAUAAUCCUGGAGACUUCUUGGCUUUGCUGAGGUGGUUUCGUUUUGAUGAUUUGGAGAAGAAGCUGAAGAGAAUUAGUAAGAGAACCGAUGCCUUUUUACAAGGACUCAUCGAUGAAAAUCGUAACAGAAAACAAAGCGCCAAUACUAUGAUUGAUCAUCUUUUAACACAACAACAAUCACAACCCGAGUACUACACGGAUGAGAUCAUCAAAGGACUUGCCCUGGUUAUAAUAAUGGCAGGAACAGACACAUCAGCUGUAACUUUGGAAUGGGCAAUGAGUAAUUUAUUAAACCAUCCAGAGAUGCUAAAAAAGGCAAAAAGGGAAUUAGACACUCAUAUAGGUCAGAACCGUCUAGUAGAUGAAGUUGACAUUCCUAAACUUCCUUAUAUUCAAAACAUUGUUUAUGAGACACUUCGUCUGCAUCCUGCUGCUCCAAUGUUGGUACCCCAUUUCUCUUCCGAAGAUUGCACCAUUGGAGAUUACAAUCUUCCACAGAACACAAUUUUGUUAGUGAAUGCUUGGGCUAUUCACAGAGAUCCCAAUUUGUGGAAUGACCCAACACAUUUUAAGCCUGAAAGGUUUGAAAAUGAAAGUGAAGUUAACAAGUUGCUUCCUUUUGGGUUAGGGAGAAGGGCUUGUCCUGGAUCAAACUUAGCUCAACGCACAGUGAGCUUAACUUUGGCUUUGUUGAUUCAAUGUUUUGAGUGGAAACGAAGCAGUGAUGAAGAAAUUGAUCUGAUUGAAGGAAAAGGAAUCACUGUAGGAAGGAAGUUUCCCUUAGAAGCUAUGUGCCAAGUGUGGCAAUCAUCAGCAAUGAAGGAUAUUUUCUAGUUAAGAGCACUACAAUGUAGAAAUGUUCUUGAUAAAGUUAUGGAAAUAUGCAUUAUAAAAGAAAUUAAUAAUACUUUGUUUAAAAACAAA